CCAGUAAGCCACUCUAUGCUUUUAACUACAUGGGAGAUGUGGGAAACAACACAUUAUAUCCAAGCCUAGGGACAAAUGUUACGAUGAUAGAUUAUGGGGCGGCAGUGGAAAUAGUGUUCCAAGGAACUAAUGUUCAGACUCCAGAGAAUCAUCCGAUGCAUCUCCAUGGUUUUAGUUUCUAUUUGGUAGGGACGGGCUAUGGCAAUUUCAAUGAGACCACUUCUCCUGAAACAUAUAAUUUGGUGGAUCGACCUGAAGUUAACACCAUUGGUGUUCCAAAGAACGGGUGGGCUACAAUUAGAUUUAUUGCCAAUAAUCCUGGGGUUUGGUUUAUGCACUAUCAUUUGGAACGACAUGCUUCUUGGGGUAUGGCCAGUACUGUUAUCAUUGUGAAGAAUGGACCCACAAACGAUGCAAGCGUCCUCCCAAUACUCCCAGAAAAUUUGCCUAUUUGUUCUUAGUUUUUCAAGAAUAAUGUGUGCUUCAAGGAGGCCUGAUUUGCCUACGGAAUCAAUUC